AUGUGUACUAGUGUAAAUGAUCUAACAGCAGAUUAUAAACACCACGUGGAAAAAACAAGCGUUGACCAGAGCCACCAGGCAAACUCGAACGCAGCUGCAAGCGCAAGGAGACAGCAGCAGCACAUCAAAAAUAAGGGUAGUGGUUCCACCCUGAUGCCACGCACCAUCAGUGCCGGAGCUAGUACCGCAAACGCAAACAGUGGUCCAGGCACAACGCAAGACUGGAUGAAGCGUCG